AGAGGAGAGAGACUCCACACAGCAGACAGACAGACAGACACACAACAGGAUAACAUGAUUAGCGCUCUAUUAGGACCGCUGCGGAGCACCACUAGAUGCAGCACAGGGACCAUUGUGUGUGUGGAGAGAGAGAGAGAGGAGACACGGAGGGAAGACUUCACGCUUCAUCCAACACAUGGAUCCUCUUCGCUCCCUAUUGAUCUGCGUAAAGAAGUUACCCACUGACAGCCUUUUUAAUGCCCGUGCGUCUGGAGAGGUUGUGCCACCGCUUUCUGCCUCAGAUGAACUAAAUAAUAAGAGCUUCUCCUUGAGGAGUACACAAUGAAAGAGAAAAAUCCAGGAAAGCCUCAGAGGAGUGACUCUUCCUCUCUCAGCCCCGCUGUGAGCUACUAGCUCCGUCCUUUCCUGGUGAUGAUAUUUGGUAAACUCAGGUGAACUCGCACAGGAAGUGGGCCAAUCUGCUCCAAUGGGGUUCGACAACGAGACCAACCAGACGACCAACCUUCCGGACGUCGCCCCGUACAGCCUCCGGAUCUCCCUGCCGCUCACCGUGCUGGUGGCGAUCAUGAUCCUGCUGACGGUGUUCGGCAACGUGCUGGUGGUCAUCGCCGUGUUUACAAGCCGGGCCCUGAGGGCUCCGCAGAACUUAUUCUUGGUGUCGCUGGCGUCGGCGGACAUUUUGGUGGCUACCCUCGUGAUGCCUUUCUCCUUGGCCAACGAGCUCAUGGGAUACUGGUACUUUGGCGAGGUGUGGUGUGAGAUAUAUUUGGCACUCGAUGUCCUUUUCUGCACCGCUUCCAUUGCCCACCUCUGCGCUAUCAGUUUAGACCGCUACUGGUCCAUCACGCAGGCCAUCGAGUACAACCUGAAGAGGACGCCGCGACGCAUCAAGUGCAUCAUCUUCAUCGUGUGGGUGAUUGCGGCGGUGAUCUCCUUCCCUCCUCUAAUCACCAUGGAGAAAGAAAACAGCGUGGAGGAACCCGUGUGUAAGAUCAACAACGAUAAGUGGUACGUCAUCUCCUCCUGCAUCGGCUCCUUCUUCCUCCCCUGUGUCAUCAUGGUCCUGGUCUACGUGCGGAUCUACCAAAUCGCCAAAAAGAGGACGCGGGCACCACCGGGAGACAGGAAGCGGAAGGACAUGCCGAAGACGGCAACGGUCGCCGCGGCCAACCAGAAGGAGAACGGCGUGGGCGCCGGUGACGCAGAGGACCGCCUGUGCCACGAGAAGCUGAACGGCGAGCGGGACAUCGAGCUGAAGGAGGGAGUGGGAGGAGAAGGGGGAGCAGACGAGGAGAAGGGCGAGGUCAACGGGGUGGACCUUGAUGAGUCGUCCUCCUCCGACCACAAAGUGAACAAUCCCUGCUCGAUCAAAAAGAAGAUGUCCAAGGGGAAAACCAAACUGUGCCAAAUCAAACCGGGGGACGAAGAUGGCGUCCAAAAGAGGGAGCCGAGCACCAAGGGCAGCCGCUGGAAGGGCCGACAGAACCGGGAGAAACGCUUCACCUUCGUCCUGGCGGUGGUCAUUGGAGUGUUUGUCAUCUGCUGGUUUCCUUUUUUCUUUACGUACAUGCUGAUGACGCUGUGCGAGUCUUGCCCGGUGCCCGACACCUUGUUCAAGUUCUUCUUCUGGUUCGGCUAUUGCAACAGCGCGCUGAACCCCAUCAUUUACACCAUCUUCAACAAUGACUUCAGGAGGUCGUUCAAAAAGAUACUGUGCAAGAGGGACGCUAGACGAUAUGUAUGAUGGACCCAGAUCUUUAUGUACAUACUUUGUUUUUUUACUAUAUUGUACAUAAAAUAUGAAAUGCAUCGAGCAUUGUGCAUGGGUCACUGGCUUUGUACGCUGUAGGUGUAACUGCUUGGAAAGGCUUUCCCAGGGUGAGCUUUACGUGCAGCAUCUUUUUUCAACACCUCCACCCACCCACAGCUUCAGCACCGAUCACACAGAGAGGCAGAACACCACAGUGAAACCAUGUUUUUAUUGUAAAUGUUUAUUUUUAUUUUUAUAAAUGAAUCCACCAUAGUGAAGUCAUGAUAACGUGUUGUACUUUACGACAGUUUGUUGUGUUCAAAAUGACCCGUCUGAAUAUUUGUCCCUAUUUCCGUUGUUAUGGAUACAUUAUUGUGCCAUUUUGUACAUGAUAUGAUGAUAAUGAUGAUGACGAUGGUGAUGAUGAUGAUGAUGAUGAUGAUGAUGAUGAUGAUGAUGACAAAGUGUGGGGAAAAUGCUGGCUCUUUAAAGAAUAAAACCCAUUUCCUGAA